ACCACCCCCCCCCUCCCACGCCGCGGCAGGUCCCUAUCAUCCCAGCGGACGGCUGCUCCCCCGCGGCGCUGCCCGACCGGGUCUGGGUCCUCUGCCAGACUUUGUCCGCGGCAUGUGUAGCCCCAUUCAGGAAGAAGCUCUGUGCUGUGCGGAUCGUGAGUUUGCUCAAGGAAGUCAGACUCUUCACAAGGAAUAACUAGACAAGAGAAGCAGCAUGGACGAGCUGGCACCCGUAGAAGGCGAGGGCCAGCUCCCAAGCCCUCACCACCAGGGCUCUUUGAGGAAGGCUGUGGCUGCUGCCUUGGCCCUGGAUGGGGAAUCCACAAUGGGUCGCAGGAAAAAGAAGAGGAAAGAGUCCCGCCCUGAAUCUAUCAUCAUCUACCGGUCAGAAAAUGAGAAACUAGAUGAGGGGCCUGGGGAAUCAGAAAGUGGAGACCGGCCUAAAGAAGAGGAGGGAGAUGAUUUCCUAGAUUAUCCUGCAGAUGAAGGGAUGUGGAACAUGCCCUUGGACAGCCGCUAUGUCACGUUAACUGGCACCAUCACACGAGGAAAGAAAAAGGGCCAGAUGGUGGACAUCCAUGUCACACUAACAGAGAAGGAGCUGCAAGAAUUGACUAAGCCUAAAGGGUCAUCAAGGGAGAUAACACCUGAAGACAGAAAGGCCUGCCAAAUGGGAGCGGAUCGUGGGCCCCAUGUGGUCCUCUGGACACUGGUCUGUCUGCCUGUGGUCUUUAUCCUCUCUUUUGUUGUCUCUUUCUACUAUGGCACGAUCACCUGGUACAACAUCUUCCUUGUGUACAAUGAGGAGAGGACCUUCUGGCACAAGAUCUCAUGUUGCCCCUGCCUCAUUCUCUUCUAUCCAGUGCUCAUCAUGGCCAUGGCCUCUUCCCUGGGCCUCUAUGCUGCUGUGGUCCAGCUCUCAUGGUCCUGGGGAGCAUGGUGGCAAGCUGCUCGGGACAUGGAGAAAGGCUUCUGUGGCUGGCUGUGCAGCAAGCUAGGUCUGGAGGACUGUUCCCCCUACAGCAUUGUAGAGUUGCUUGACUCUGACAAUAUCUCAGGCAAUCUCUCCAACAAGGACCCCACCCAGGAAGUAGAAACUUCCACUGUCUAAACUUCCAAUAACUUCCAUCCUUCUCUGGUCCUAGUAGCCUAUAUAUUGUCUCCCAAUUCCAGGAGAUUCUUUCUUUAAAUUAAACCCUUUCCCCUCUCAGUCCCGGAAAAUUCUAGCACACACUGUUCUGUUCUACCAUCUUGGUGGUUCCAGGAGGGCAAGGAACAAAAAAGCAAUUUGUGCCAAAGCAGUCUAUCCACAGACGAAUUCUUUUCAUUCCAUGUCCUAAAAUGACCAUUUAUCUGGGACAGGGAGUACAGUUGUGUGUUAUGCUCAGGAGCUUGAAGAUGUUACUGGUGACUGGAACCCAAGGAAGGAUGUGACUAAAUGUGACAGGGAGAAAAAUGAGGCCCAAAGGAGACCAAGCUCACCAAAAAGAUAAUAUGUAGGUAGGAGAGAAACGCUUAGGAAGCUGGGCUACCAUAGUGCAGCAGAAUGUAAAGAGGAGACCAAGGAGACCAAGCUCACCAAAAAGAUAAUAUGUAGGUAGGAGAGAAACGCUUAGGAAGCUGGGCUACCAUAGUGCAGCAGAAUGUAAAGAUUUGAGUGUAUCACUUAGAUUUUGGUUUAAUGGCAUAGAAUUCAAAUCCUAAAAUACAAGUGGUUUAAACAAAGUAGAAGUUUCUUUCUUUCUUAUAUAGAAGAAACCUGAAGGUUGAUCAUCAGGGGACCUGAUGAAGUCAUCCAAACCCUAGGCUUUCUUCCCCUACCAUUAGGAUAUAGCCCUCGUCAGCCUUGUCCUCAAAACCUCAGUGGUGACCACAUCUCUAGCCCUCGCAUCCAUGGUUCUUGCAGAAUAGAGGAAGGAGCAAAGACAUGUAUAUUCUCCCUGUUUAAGGAGACUUCCCAGAAGUCUCGCUCAAGCUCAACACUUCCUGUAUUUCAUUGGCUAGGCCUUAGUCACAUGACCUUGCAAGCAAAAGAGGCUGGGAAAUAUAGUUUUUUGAUUAGGCAGCUAUAGUUCAGGUUAAAUAUUUGAGUUCUGCUAAUUUAAGCAAAAAGAGAAACAUGGCAAUUUUGGUAGGCAUAAAAGAAUCUCUGCCUCACGGUAAUUAUUUAAAUAUAUUCAGAUCCCAAACUGCUAUUUUGUUUUAUUUAUUUAUUUAUUUAUUUAUUUAGGGCUGAAUGUUACACAGAGAUUUUCCUCAUAGAUACUAGUUACAUAUACUAUGUAUAUGCUAUCAGUAGAUAAUUAGCAUCUCAUGUACUUUGCAAUUAGUCUGUAAUGUCAUGUGGUUUCAGGGUUUUUGGAAAGGAAGAAUGGAGAGUUGAAUACAAUAGUAGCACAACUUUUUUCCUGGUAGUGAAGGCAGGACUGGGUUAUGAUGUUUAAUUUAAUCUAUAUAUUAAAGACUGUGUAGGGAGGAUUUGCAAACUUCCCCCAACAAGGAUCAGUAGCCCUAAGCAUGGAGAAGACAGGGUUAGGUUUCUGUUGUUUGGCAAGACCUCACAGCCUCACUCAGUCGGACCUUAUUGGAGUUUAACCAACAGUAUCUUCACUGUGCUAUGAAAGCAUGUCUUCCUGGCCCCUGCGGGGUGAACACCAGAUGAAUCUAGAUGAAUAGAAUCUGAACUUAUUUUUUUUCUGUUUAAAAUUAUUCCUGAGGGUGUCUUUCUAAUGUCAAAAAGAUCGAAUCCCAAGAGAUCGAGCAGAUUUUGGAGGUUUGGGUCCUCACAAGAACAGCUGGUGCCCAUUUCUUGUUCCUGUCUCAGGAAGAAGCUACAUUCAGAAUGGCUGUCAAUCAAACCAGACAGGUCAGUACCGCUCUCCCACAGAAGGCCACGGACAUUGGCCUGAAGUAUGGGGAACACCCUUUUCAGAAGAACCCCCUUUAAAAAUAGCAACAACAAAAACUAUUAUUAGUUUCACACAAAACAAAACUCUGCCCAGCUGUUUUGAAAGUAACCUUGGUGCUCUCUGGUGCUUUUGCAGAAAUGUAAACAACUGAAAUGAUAA